AUGUCUACGUCCCUAGCUUCGGGGAACGCAGGCAUAGAGGAUCGCGGCCCUGCCGUCUUUGCCGUCACCACAACCACCUUGGCGCUUGCCACAACUUUUGUCACCGCGAGGCUCAUCUGCCGCAAAUUUAUUGUGAAAAAUAUUAGCUGGGACGACCGCAUCAUCGUCCUCGCCUGGUUCAUCGCCUUUGGGCUUUCAUUUACUAUUAAUUUCGCCUCCCGGAAGGGGCUUGGGCGCCAUGAUGCGGAUAUCCACGAGAAGGACUGGGGCGCGUUACGCCGCAGCGAAUAUGUAUUUUCCGUGCUCUAUAAUCCCGCCUUGAUGGCAACCAAAACUAGCAUCCUCAUCUUCUACCUCCGCAUUGCGAGAGACACCCAAAAAGUACUUCGCCUAGCGUCAUGGGUCACGCUUGGCAUCGUCAACCUUGCCGGCACCGUCUUGACGUUGAUGAACAUUUUCCAAUGUCGACCCAUCCACGCGGCUUGGACCGGAUGGGACAAAUCGGGCAUAUGCAUCCCGAUUCUCACCGAGUUUAUCUGCGCGUCGCCAGUUAAUAUUGUUACCGAUCUCGCGAUUCUCGCACUGCCGAUUCCGGUGCUCACGGGCAUGAACCUGCCGCCGCGGCAAAAGACCAUUCUCGUCAUUACAUUCGGACUCGGUAUCUUCGUUACGAUCGUCGAUGUCGUACGCAUCUACUAUCUCCAGCAGGCCAUCGGUACCGUGCCGACCUCGAUCAGCAACGACCCUGACUCUAAGCUGGGCCAGGAGGAAUUCGCCUUUAAUGCAUCGCUGUCGCUGAUGUGGAGUGCAGUCGAGGUCAAUGUGGGAAUGACUUGCGCUUGCAUUCCCACUCUAAAACCUUUGAUUAUCAAGAUUUUGCCCGCCAUGAUUAUGGACCCUAAGAGAGCAGGGAAUGAGUCCAAGGAGAGGAAUUCGAUGAUGGUGGUGGCCAAUGGGCGGAGAUCGUACGUGGGUCCAGGCGCUUCGCCGCUGAUCGACGACCCGCACCACCGGCAGCCUUCUCCACUGAGUCCGCCGGGAGAGGCGAGGACGUGGGACUCUCCGAGAAUGCGGAUGGUCGAUUAUAAUCGGCGGUCCGGAAUGUUAGACGCGCCGCCGGCCCUUGCCGAACUCGGGUCUCCCACAUCUAUAGAUGAUCAUCGACGCACGACGCUCGCGACUCUUUCAGCUACUUCAGCAUCGGGGACGUCGAGACGAGAGAGUGCCAUCUACUUUGGUUUUGUCAACAUGGCGAAGCCAAAGAGCAUGCUGCGGUGCUCCGUCUCGGAGUCCUGGAAGUACUGCACAGCAGUGACGAUACUCUUCUUGCUUUGGGGCAUGUCGUAUGGGUUCCUCAGCACGUUAAACAAUGCAGUCUUCAUCAUAGCCGGCAUGUCGCAGGCGCAAUCGCUCGGGCUCACCAGCGCGUAUUUUGGAGGAGGGUAUUUCUUCGGACCUUUGCUGGUCGGCGAAUGGAUUCUGCGACGAGACGAGCACCACCGGACACCGAGCAAAAGGCGUAAAGGCAAAGAGGGGAUCGGCGGCUUCAAAGUGACAUUUAUGGUGGGACUCUGCUUUUACGGUGUGGGAACCAUCAUCUUUUGGCCAUCGGCGGUGACCAAGUCCUUUGGUGGCUUUAUGCUCAGCCACUUUGUCGUCGGGUUCGGACUAUCGAUCCUCGAGACGGGGGCCAAUGCCUUCCUCAUCCUCUGCGGACCGCACGAGUACGCCGACUUGCGGCUGAUGUUGGCGCAGGGGAUUCAGGGCAUCGGGAGCGUGCUGGCGGUGGUGCUCGCACAAAAGGUGUUUUUCGCGUCGCUGGAGCCUGACACCGGAGCCAAAUCGAUGACACUGAUCAACGUUCAGUGGACAUACUUGGCCAUCACACUCGCUUGCGUGAUUCUCGCCCUCUUCUUUUAUUACAUGCCGCUGCCGGAAGUGAGCGACAGUGAACUCGACCGGGCGUCGAAGCGGCUGCCGGUGGACCCUCAGAAACGAAGCAUCGGCGGUCUGCAACUGCGCACGUGGACGCUUGUCCUCGCGGUGGUGGGCUUGUGGACAUACAUGGCGGCGCAGGAAGGGGCGAGCAGCUUCUUUCGACAACUGCUCGCGUCGGUGCUACCGCCGGACAGCAAGGGCUCCUCAACCGCGGACCUGGGGGACCUGACGGACGACCGAGGCUUAACUGACGAUAAGCUACCGGGGCUCGUAAUGUCUAUUCCGGACUAUCUACUCAUCGCACAGUCCGGGUUCGCAUUCGCGCGGUUCAUCCUGGCGUUUAUCCUGUACAAGGGCCUGUCGAACCCUCGCGUGCCGCGCCCGCGCACGCUCCUGGCGAUUUGCGUAUCGCUAUCAGCGAUAUUCGCGCUGCUGAUGAUCGUCGUAAGGCCGAAGAACCCGAACCACGCGGCGAUUCCCGUGAUCCUCCUGUACUUUACCGAGGGCCCCUGCUGGCCGCUCAUAUUCUCGCUGGGCCUGCGGGGUCAGGGCCGCAGGACGAAGCGGGCGGCGGCGUUCAUCACGAUGGGCGGGUCCGGGCCGGCGUUUUUCCCGUUCGUCAUGUACGCCAUCAUCAAGCGGUCGAACUCGGUGCAACUGGCGUACGUGGUGGUUGCGUUGCUGCAGUUCUUGACGGGGGUGUACCCGCUUUUCCUAAUGCUGGUGCGGGAUGCGCGGGCUAUGGUGGAUCCGGUGGUGGGCGGGGACGAUAUGGAUGAUGGGGACGAUGAGCGUGGCAGUGGUGGUAGUCGGGGAAGUGGUGGAAGCCGUGGUAGUGGGGGUGGUAACCGCAAUUCUAACGACGAAGAGGAGGGCGAGAACAGCAACGGAGACAACAACGCGAACGACAACAAUAAUAACAACAAGAACAACACCAAUAACAGCCGCGGCGAAGACGAAGAGAGGGCCGUAUCGAGACAACUCCAGGAGGGCAGGAGAAGCAAGAGCCGGCAGAGCGUGAUGUGGGCGCCCGGGGACAUGGUGGCGGAGUAUUUGAGGAGGCUACCGGAGGGGUUCCGGAAGGGGUCGGUGGCGACGACGGCGGAUUCGACGACUACGGCGGGGUCGUCUUCGCCUAAGGAGAAGGAGAAGGAGAAGGAGAAGGAGGGAGGGAGGAAUGCGCCGGUUGUUUAUUAG